AUGAGCAGUACCUGUCCGAGAUGUGGGCUGGAUAGAGAGAACCUGCUUCAUGCUAUGCAAGAUUGUCCUAAGGCUAAAGUGAUGCUGGUUCAUGGAGGCUUAAAUAAUAAUCUGCUCGAAGGUUGCUAUGAUCAGUGUGUGGAUUGGCUUGAGGCUGUAGCUUGUACGCUUGAUAAGAAAGCCUUCUCUGACUUCAUUACGGUGCUCUGGAAUAUUUGGAAUAGCAGGAACAACAAAGUGUUUCGGGACGCGGAGGAGGAAGCUACAGUAACGUGGGAUAGGGUUGCUAUGUUAAGCAGGGAUUUUCAAAUUUUUAAUCUCAUGGAAAAGUCGAUGAUUCCUAAACCGAUUUUGGAGAAGGCCUGGAAGAAACCAGAGCAGGGCGUGGUUAAAAUUAAUUUUGAUGCUUCUCCGAUUGGGAGAAAGUUGAGCUUUGGGCUUCUGGCGAGGGAUCAUUGUGGCGAAGAAUGUUCACACGGAAUGGGCUGA